AUGAUACUCACAAACCAUUCGAAAUCCUUUAUAGGCAUGUAAAUCGUAACAUAUAAACUAUCACGAAAGUAACUUCCAACUUUAACAAGAAUCGAUGAACUUUGUUCGGAGUUAACCCUUUGCUUGCCACACUUCUGUAGAAUUACGGACCUCUCAAACUGGGGUGCCUCACACACCAGCGAAGAAACUACUAUAAAAAAUAAUUUGGUCACAAUUUUUAAUUGAAAUUUUCUUCCGAACAUAACGAAAUCUUACUUCAAAGUAUGAUGUAGUUAAUACCGUCAAACAUUAAAUAUAAGUACACUAAAUACAAAAUGCAAUAGAAAAAAAAUUAGCUAAAUGUCUUUUUCAACAAAAAAAAAAAAAAAUACAUUUUUUUUUAUUUUUGAAUAUCAAGGGCUUAUAUCUUAGCCGACGAUGAGCCGUUUGGGUAUCUAAAAUUUAGGGGAAAAAAGCUUCGGGUGGUCUUACGUUCCUACGUAGCAAGUAAGAGUUAAAACGGGAAAGUCGAUAAAGUCUCAAAAUACAGUUCCUGCAUGAGUUGACGUUGUGGAAAGUAGUUAGAAAAUUACUUCCAUGGCGAGAACAUUAGGAGGGUAUAUAACCGAAAAUCCCUUUCAGCCGCAUGGUGCCUGCAGCUGCUCCCCCCUGAAAUAUACCCACAUCGACGUUGCUCCCCACAUCCCGAGGCCACACGACCUUCCCUACAGCGGCAAUCCGGUCCUGGCACUUGCCUACUGCUACCUUAUCCAAGGCAAAUGCCUGACUAUCAGAAACGAUCUACCCUUCGAGAUGCAGUACGUGUGCGAAGCCGACUGCAAACCAGUCUGCAUCCCCCCUUGCCAGCCGUACGCCGUACCCUGUGAUCCUUGCUGCGCCCCCAAUCCGCCUCCCGCUCAAUGCUCCCAACCCGAGGACGGGGAUCGAUCUCCGCAGCAUCCCUAUGAUUCCGGCUGUCCGGCACCCUGUCAACCCUGUGAUCCCUGCUGUCAGGUACUUCCUACCCAGCCUCCAGGUUCAGGAGACCAGUGUCCAACUGCCGAACAGAAUUGCGUUAUGGAACCUACGUGCAAGCCGAACGUCAAGCGGAAUGGUCUUAACUCUUACGCUUAGAGGAACUUCGUAUAGCUGUCUAUUGCGGUUUGAGAAAACGAAAUGGAAUUAUAAAAAUUCUAAUAAGUCAGAAUAAAGGAUGAACAUUUAUUCGAAAGCAAUUUUUCAGUUGGUGCACGUGUUUAAUUGUAUUCGAAGGGUAUUCAGCUCCGCAGGUAAGUAGAGCGGCCAGCUAGUGAUCGGUUGUUGGUAGGACAGUCCGCGAUUCAUGCGGAUUUCUAGUGAUACAAACUCGGAUACCCCUAGAUAAAUUUUUGUGACCAAUUUUCGGCGGGCAAGUGGACUCAGGUGGGUCUGGCAGCGAAGGAGGGUUCUGCUCUAUCGACUCUACCAGACGAGCUCGCACCGACAUUCGUAGCAGCCGAAGUAGUGUCGGUAUGGAAGCUUGAGAUAGAGUUGGUACAAAGUGAGCACGUAAGAUUACUUGUCGACUGCGACUUAGAAAUGUCGAUCAGCUCGAUCAUCGACGUGAAAAAACGCCUAAUCCCGUCCACCGCCAACCGCCUCCGACGACCACCGCCAACCACCGCAACAACCGCCGAGCACCGCCAACAACCUUCGACCUCUUUGUCCCCUGCUCCUCCAUGUAUUCCAAACAUUGAUAUUCACAAUUAUUCCAACAACUUUUCAUUUGCUCU